AUGACCAAUCGACUGAAACAAGAAGCUGAGUUGGAAAAGACACAUCUUAUAGAACUAAAGGCAGAGCAGAAGCAUGACAGAGAAGCUCUGGAUAUAGAGAGAGACAUGAUGAAGAAAGAGAAACUGGAAUUGGACCAGAUAAGGUCUGACAUCCUUAAACAAAGUCACAUAGUAGGACAAGUGAUAGAAGGUAUCAAAGAGGUAAGAGACAACCUGGAAAUCUCAAAGACUGAGCUACAACAGAACAAAGAACAUCUUGACAGUCAGUUUGAUGAGAUCACCAGAGAGAAAAACAACAUUAAAGAUCUGAUCCUUCAGCUUCAGAGAGAAAGAGACAAGCUUGGCACUAUAAUGAAUAUGUUUACCUUAAAACAAGAGCAACAAUUUUUCAAGGAAGAAGAGUUCAAAAGACAAACACAAGAUUUUGACACCUGUAAGAAGAGUUUACUGGUAGAAAAAGAAGUAAUGGAAAUUUUGAGGAAGGACCUCAACAGGACGAAAGAAGACGUUAAAGCUGCGAUUAACACCAUCAGUGAAGAGAGAGAACAACUCAAUCAGAUAAAGAGUAGUACUGUUAUGGACAGACUAAUGCUUGAGAAUGAAAAGGAAAUAAUAGAAGGUGACAGGUCAGAGCUGGUACUAAGAGAAGAUCAACUCUUGAGUGAAAGGAAAUCCCUUGAAAAUAUGGUGGAAAAAAUCCAACAGCUGAAUAAAAGGAUGAGUGAAGACGUGAAAUACAACAUCAUGAGACUGGAGCAAAACAAUGAAGACUUACUGAAACUGUUGAGUGUUUUGGAACAGAAGCAUGAGGCUCUAGAUAAACAGAAAGAAAAUGUAACAUCUUACACUGAGCUAUUAGAGAGAGAUACGGAAGGGUUGAAGAGUAUGUUGUCAAAAAUUGACAUGCUAAGACAAGAAAUGACCAAUCGACUGAAACAAGAAGCUGAGUUGGAAAAGACACAUCUUAUACAACUAAAGGCAGAGCAGAAGCAAUACAGAAAAGCUCUGGAUAGAGAGAGAGACAUGACGAAUAAAGAGAAACUGGAAUUGGACCAGAUAAGGUCUGACAUCCUGAUACAAAGUCACAUAGUAGGACAAGUGAUACAAGAUAUCAAAGAGGAAAGAGACAAACUGGAAAUCUCAAAGACUGAGCUACAACAGAACAAAGAACAUGUUGACAGUAAGUUUGAUGAGAUCACCAGAGAGAAAACCAACAUUAAUGAUCUGACCAUUCAGCUUCAGAGAGAAAGAGACAAACUUGGCAAUAUCAUGAACAUUCCUACCUUAAAACAAGAGGAACAAGCACUCAAGGAAGAAGAGUUCAAAAGACGAACACAAGAACUGGACACCAGUAAGAAGAGUUUACUGGUUAAAAAAGAAGUAAUGGAACUUUUGAGGAAGGACCUCAACAGUAUGAAAGAAGACGUUAAAUCUGCGAUUAACACCAUCAGUGAAGAGAGAGAACAACUCAAUCAGAUAAAGAGUAGUACUGUUACGGACAGACAAAUGUUUGAGAACAAAAAGGAAAUAAUGGAAGGAGAAAGAUCUGAGCUGAAAGCAAGAGAAGAUCAAUUCUUGAGUGUAAUGAAGUCACUAGAAAAUCUGAAGGAAAAACUGCAACAGCUGAAUCAAAGGGCGGCUGAAGAUGUGAAAAACAAAAUCAUGAGACUGGAACAAACCAAUAAAGACUUAAUGAAACUGUUGAGUAUUUUGGAGCAGAAGCAUGAGGCUCUACAUAAACAGAAAGACAAUAUAACAUCUUACACUGAGCUAUUAGAGAGAGAUACGGAAGGGUUGAAGAGUAUGUUGUCAGAAAUUGACAUGCAAAGACAAGAAAUGACCAAUCGACUGAAACAAGAAGCUGAGUUGGAAAAGACACAUCUUAUGGAACUAAAGGCAGAGCAGAAGCAAGAUAGAGAAGCUCUGGAUAGAAAGAGAGAGAUGAUGAAGAAAGAGAAACUGGACUUGGAGUUGAUGAGGUCUGACAUUCUGAAACAAAGCCACAUCUUAGAAAAAGUGAUACAAGAUAUCAAAGAGGAAAGAGACAAACUGGAAAUCACAAAGACUGAGCUAUACCAGAAUAAAGAACUUGUCGACAGUCAGAUUGAGGUGAUCACCAGAGAGAAAACCAACAUUAAAGAUCUCACCCUUCACCUUCAGACAGAAAGAGACAAAUUUGGCAACAUCAUGAACAUGCUUACCUUAAAACAAGAGGGACAAGCACUCAAGGAAGAAGAGUUCAAAAGACACACACAAGAACUGGAAACCAGUAAGAACAAUUUAUUGGUAGAAAGAAAAGAAAUUGAAAUUUUGAGGAAGGACCUCAACAGGAAGAAAGAAAAGGUUGAAGCUGUCAUUAACACCAUCAGUGGAGAGAGAGAACAACUCAAUCAGAUGAAGAGUAGUACAGUUAUGGACAUACAAAUGCUUGAGAAUGAAAAGGAAAUAAUGGACGGAGAAAGAUCGGACCUGAAAAUAAGGGAAGAUAAACUCUUGAGUAAAAUGAAAUCACUAGAAAAUCUGAAGGAAACACUGCAACAACUGAAUAAAAGGAUAAGUGAAGACGUGAAAAACAAAAUCACGAGGCUGGGGCAAAACAAUGAAGACUUACUGAAACUGUUGAGUGUUUUGGAGCAGAAGCAUGAGGCUCUAGAUAAACAGAAAGACAAUUUAACCUCUUGCAAUGAGCUAUUAGAGAGAGAUACAAAAGGGUUGAAAAGUAUGUUGUCAGAAAUUGACAUGCAAAGACAAGAAAUGACCAAUCGACUGAAACAAAAAGUUGAGUUGGAAAAGACAAAUCUCAUAGAUCUAAAGGCAGAGAAGAAGCAAGACAGAGAAGCUCUGGAUAGAGAGAGAGACAUGAUGAAGAAAGAGAAACUGGAUUUGGAGCAG